GUGUGUGUGAGUGUGUGUGUGUGUGUGUGUGUGUGUGUGUGUGUGUGUGUUGAGGUAAUGAGGGGGGUGUGUGUUGUGGUGUGAGUGCAGCCCCUGUCAGUGGAGCAGCUGGAUCAGCAGCAGUCUCUCUGCACCGCAGGAUGUUGCAUGAAGAUUUGUCUCAUUAAAUCAGCGUGGAAGUGAAGUGUUCAUGAUGCCUUCACUGACAGGAAUCAUGAGGACCGUUUUCUGUCUCCUGCUCUGGAAGAAGACGGCAGCUCAAAGUGUGAUGGUGCGCUGCUCGCCUGAACCAGUGGGGGUGCUGCACCCGGUUCAGGGUCUGCUGGAGAGGUUCGAGGCCGGUCCGGGCUGCGCUGCCAGAGAACGGGGGGACAAAGAAACUCAUGUCAUUGCAGUGGGGAGAGUCACAAACAGCCCAGAAAACAAGGUGACGGUGCUGCUGAAGCUUUUGCCUCAGUCGCCUCUCAGAGACAUCCACCUGCUGCUCAGCUCCAAGCUACCAGUUAGCUGGUGGCUGGAGGCCGAGAGACUCCCCCCCGACCUCCCUGUGCUGGUGCAGGUAUCCUCUAACUCCAGCGUGCAGUCCCACACGUUGCAUUUAAAUGUCGAGAUGGUGCCUUCAUUGCCUUUUCAUCCUCGUGCACUGCACCGCUGGGCUCUGAAACAUCACGGCAACCUGUCUUCUUUCACACACACAACUCACGGAAACCGAGUCUACGUCCCGCUGGGAGAAGAUCCCAGCCUCCCUGCUGUGUGCCAGUUGCAGUCCAUGUUCCUCUCCAACAACUACGUGACCUCUGAUCUGCAGCCACAGGAGGUUCAGGGCUGCUCUGAUGCUCCAACAGGUGGGAUCAGCCCCGAAGUCCAUGUGAUCAAACUCCAUUCAGCCGGCUCGGGGCUCUGUGGCUCUCUCCAGGUGGAGGUGAUUGUCUCUCUUGUGCCCCUGGAGGUCAACUCAAGGACCCAGGCGGUUGUUCUGAUUCUCAGCAGCUCUGUGCCCGUCAACUGGGCAAUUAACGCGCCCACUGUCCGGGGUCAUACCUCUGUUCAUUCCUCCCACAGUGUAUCCCCACCCUACCCACCGGAGCCGGACCUGACCCUGUCCAUCACCCUGAACGCUGACCUGUCCACAGUACCGGACCUUCUUGUCUGGGCCCGGGAGAGCGGACACCCCAAGGUGACCUCGUACACUGAGGCCGACCUAGCCAAUCGCUUUGUGAUCCAGCUGUCUGGGGGCGGGACAGAUGCGGUCGCCGUGAAGAGUCCAGUCGGUGUGAGGCCUCGCUGGGCGGAGGAGCGCCGGCUGAGGCAGCGGCUGAGCGGCGGAGGCAGGACGGGAGGAGGCCAAGAGGUUUUCACGGUGCAGUGUGAGGACGGACGCCUCAGCGUGAGCGUGGACCAACACGUCCUGCAGAGCAUGUCUGUCCCUCUGGUUGCCGUGACUCUACGAGACUCCACAUGCCAGGGUCAGUCUAAUGGCACUCACUUCCUGUUGGUGUUUCCGGUCAUUUCCUGCGGGACUGAGGGUGUGUUCACGGAAGAGCCUCGAGGGGUGCAGUACAAAAACAUGGUGUUGUUAUGGAGGGACGAUCGUCAGUCCGUUCUUACGCUCAACGAGACAGAAGAGAAGUCCAACAUUCCCCUCAGCAUACCUUUCAGCUGUCUGGCUGCAGUUCCCCCCCUCCUGAGAUCUGCUGGCGUGGGUGAUGUUAACGUUCCGGAGAAAAGGCUCAUCCCCUGGGCACUCAGGCCUGAUCCAGGACUGAGCAGCUUACCAUCUCCCAGAAACAAAUCCGGGCCUGUCCUGGUUUUGAAGCUCUUUGUCACCGAGAGCUACGAGCAGAGGCGCAUCGGCCCGUGUGUCAUCGCUGCAGACCAACGGGUCUAUGUGGAGAUUUCCACCAAAGGGUCCUUCAUAGAAGUCUUGGAGGUGAAGUGCUGUGUGGUCUCUCCUCUGUCAGACCCCAAAAAGUCUCCUGUCUGGAGCGUCAUAAGCAACGGAUGUUCCUCGGACCCGUCGCUGACCCUCUCUGCAAAAACAAAAGAUGAGGAUGAAGAUGGAGAUGGAGAACUGGAAGAGGAAAAGGAAGAGAUAGGUGGACCUGAAAAAGGCAGAAAUGGACACAAAGCUAACAGAAGAGAGAGAGAGGCACCAGAACAGAUAGAGGAGAUACAGUCCCUGAGAUUUAGCUUCAUCCUGAGACCAGUUUAUAAUAACUCUAUACAGUUCCUCCACUGCAGCCUCCGUCUGUGCACCUCCGACUCAAAAAGAGGGGAAUCGAAAGGAAAUAAUGACUGUAAGGGGGGGCUACGUAUACCUCCACUUGUAUCUAGAUCAACCAGACAUCAGUGUGAGAUCAGAAACCUCUCCAGGCCCAUGGUGGUCACCCAGCCCAUCAGUUCCCUGGCACCCAAACCUCUGAGACCCCCUGCUGGACCAAGAUCCAAGAGACUGAGUGUGUCCCCAACGACCCGUCUCGACCCAGAGCUCCACAGCCAGGCAGUGCAGACAGGACCGCUGAUGGGGGUUGUCUUCGUCGCCUUUGUGAUGGGUGUCGGUCUGAUGGGGGGAGUUUGGUGUAUCUAUAAUUACACAGGGGCACGUCCAGCAUCACCUGGAGAGAAAGUCACUUGACAUCCAACACUAGUGAAAGUCACACCAUCUAUAAUCCUCUGACAGCAGCUGAUCAGUCCUCCAGCACCGUGUAGAGGAUUUCCUGCAAAUCUGAGAAGUGGGACAGAGGUUUCAAACUGCUUUUGUGUGUGCGAGAACAGCUGUGUGUGUGUGUGUGUGUGUGUGUGUGUGUGUGUGUGUGUGUGUGUGUGUGUGUGUGUGUGUGUGUGUGUGUGUGUGUGUGUGUGUAACAUUGUUUGUGUGCUUGCUUAUACUUCAUCAAAUGGACUGAAACCAAGUGAACACAGAAGCACUGCAUCAAGUCAUUGCAAAAGUGGUGGCAGACAUUUAUCUUGGGUUCAACAUCUAACCUUUGAGUCACUCAAACUGAAACUUUAUCAUCAUCAUCAUCAUCAUCAUCAUCAUCAUCAUCAUCGUCGCCUCUAAGAGAUCAGACACGAGGUCAAAGAGGCAAAGCUGCAGGACUCAGAUGUAACUUUAUGUUGUGACUAUUUGUGUUGUAACUGUGAAACAGCUAGAAACUGCUUUUAUCUGUAUGUGUUUUAUUUUGUGUUUUUGUGGAAAACGAGAUGAAUUAAACGAGCUGAAACCCAA